CUCUGGUGCCCGGAAUCCCGGCAUCAAAGUUGCUGUUCUUGCUGGGUCGAUUGGUUUCUUCCCCUUGUCCUGAUUCUGAAUAGGAUUGUUGUCCUGUUCUGGAUUUUCUCUCUAUUUUCUUUCUACCAUCAGGGAUAUUGAUAUUGUGUCCCUAUUUACUCCCACAUCUAUCUUGUCUUCCUUAACAGGAACGCAACCCCCACCUUAACCUCACCGCUAGCCUACUAUCCCUACAUCUCAGUCCGCCCCUCUAAAAACAACCACCACCACCACACACUCCUACAAACCCACAAAAAAAAAAGAAAGAAAGAAAAUGGCCACCCGCGACCCCGGCGAACUCGCCGCCGACGCAGCCUCCGACUUCUUCCACCAAAUCUACACCUUCCUCGAAACGAUCGUCCUCCGCUUCGUGAAAAACUUCUACGGCUCCUUCGCAGACGUGAGCGUCAACCGCUGGACGAAAGUCAUCCUCUCCGUCGUGGGCUACCUCAUCGCCCGCCCCUACAUCGAGGCCCUCUUCAAGAAGAUGGGCGAGCGCGAUCGCAGAAAGCAGCUGGAGAAGGAGAGGAAGAAGAGGGCGGAGGCUGAAGCCGGCGGGAAGGCCAAGGUUUCUGCUAAUGCGUUGCGUGGUGGGGGCAAGGCUGCUGGGGAGGGGAAGGUGCUUGGUGAGGUGGAAAAUACGGAUGAUGAGCUGGAGAAUGGGGAGGGCGCGGAGGAUGAGGUCGACUUUGCGACUGCUAGUGGGGUGCCGGAGUUGGCGGAUAAUGCGCGCAGAAGGCAGAAGAAGCAUGCGAAGAGCUUGAAUAAGGAGGCGAAGGGCAAGGCGACGCUUUCCGAGGAUAAGCUUAUGGAGCUGUUGGAUUGGAGUGAUUCGGAGGGUGAGGCUACGCCUGCGAAGGAGCAGGCUGCGAAGGAUGAGUGAGUGUUUGUCGAGACUGCUUAUGGGUCCACCCUUCUUUACUCUUAAGGGAGAAGAAAGGUUAAUGUGGUUGUGCUGCACUUAAUGAGUUCUAAUUGUCUUUGUGAUGUCUUAAUUGUGUAUUUUAUAAUACUGUGACUCCUUGCCAUAUUCUGUGCGUCUGCCAAAGGCUCAUGUACUAUAUAAUCAUCUACCUACCAUAGAUUUCAACUAAAUAUUCG